AUGCAGCUCGGAAGAACAAGCGGCCACCCCCGAAGGGGACGACUCCUUGAAGCGCUUGCGCAUGGACGAGGAGAUCACCUUCGGGCCAAGGGAUGCGGUCCCUUGGCUUCUGGGAACCAUGAGGCCAUCGUGAUAGACAUUGUCACCAACAACUAUCGGGUGAAGAAGGUGUUCAAGGAGCUCGGAUUAAGGGAUGACCAGCUCACCCCGGUCCGGACACCUCUGGUGGGCUUCACCGGACCACCCAUCAGCUCGGAAGGGAUGAUCACCCUGAUGGUCACAGUAGGUCAGGCUCCCAAGUGCGGACCGUUCCCGUUAACUUCGUGGUGGUCAAGCAGUCGUCCCCGUACAAUGUGUUCCUGGGGAGACCUGCUUGAACGCCCUCCGGGCUAUUCCUCUACUUUCACCUCAGCGUCAAGUUCCCCACCCCGGGGGGAUAGCCGAGGUGCACGGCGACCCGAGGUAGCCAGGGCUUGCUACCUGGCCACUCUCCGGGGGCAGGAGAAGGAACGUCCCGACCAGGUCAUCCGCAUCGGGGCAUUGCUGCCAGACGAGAAGGAAGGCUUGAAGGCCUUAUUGAGGGAGUACUCCCAGGUCUUCGCAUGGACGGUGGAUGACAUGCCCGGGAUCCCUACGGACCUGGCCGUCCAUCACCUCGACGUGGACCCUCACUUCAAGCCAGUAAAGCAAAAGAAAAGGAGUUUCGCCCCCGAGAGAAAUGAGGUGAUCAGGGCGGAGGUCGGCAAGUUGUUGGAGUCCAAGAUCAUCCUGGAGGUCUACUACCCGACCUGGCUGGCCAACCCCGUCCUGGUCAAGAAGGAGGACCUGACCUGGAGGAUGUGUGUAGACUUCACAGACCUUAACAAAGCCUGCCCAAAGGACUGCUUUCCCCUGCCUCGAAUUGACAGGUUAGUAGAUUACUGUGGGCUUUGA